AUGGAUCUGAAAGUAGUCCUACUGGUGGUGUUCUUCAUUAUAACACUUACAACUGGAGCUAAGUAUGAACUUACGGUUUUGGAUGAGGAUGUAUUCAGCAGUUGUCCUGAUCCCGCUCCCGGCACACUUGACGUAAAUGGCUUGUUUGAUUUAUCCGAGCUUUCAACUUCUAUGGAUGCUAACGGUAUUACCGUCAUCGGAAACUCGACUUUGAUAUGGGACAUUAAACAGGAGGAUCGCAUACAGCUUCUGUAUCUCGAAAGAGGCACCUGGACGUCCACAGUAUUUUCCAUUACUUCAAGGGACUUUUGCAAGGAGAUGUACGACAAAAAUUAUUUCUGGUACAAAUAUUGGACACAGUAUAUAUUAAACGAUACCAAGGAUAAAUGUUUAAAUGUUCCCGGGACCAAAAUGAUUCAUGAGCCAUUUUUGCUGAGUUUGACCGCCAACGUCAUUGGCCUUCGAGAAGGACGCUACAAAGCCAACAUAAUGAUGAGAGCCUACGAUUCCUCUGGAACCGAGCGGCCAACUCGCAUUUGCAUUGAAAUACAGGGCGAUGUGUUCAAAAUGAAAUGA